GUAGUUUGUUCAACCAUUCACAAAUACUUCAAAAGCAAAACAUUAUAUUAGAUUCAUAGUUUGAUUUCACGUGAACAACACAAAGAUACAAAUUACCGUAGAAUAUAUCGUAGUGUAUAGAAAUAGUUCGGCUAAAACUUGCACAAUGUUCGAGAACGAGCCAAUUCCUGACUCACAGGACAAGCUGAUCGAGCGACUGGGCGACUGCGAUGUGCCCGUCGACUACAUGGAUCUGUUGAGUCACCGGAUACGUUGCCACAAGAUCGAGAUCUUUCACUACGACGACGAGGUGAGCUUCACGCCCCGCGACGAAGAGGAGGGGGAGCAGGGGCUGAGCUACGGCGAUGAUCAGUUCAGUGUGGAUCGUAGCGACGAUAUCGAUCGCCUGCUGAGGCUAGUGAAGGAUCUCGACUGCCAGAUACGUCGCAUCGAGCUGAUGCAGCUGUUGCUCAAGGAGCGACAACAGCAGCGGGCGGAGCGAGUGGAGAGCGGUGUGACUGAAGCAUCCACCGAGCAGUUGGAGAAGGUGAAGGAAGCGAAGGCAGCGAAGCAACUAGUUUUGAGCUGCCAAGAGCAGUUGGAGGUGCGCAAUCUGCAGCACGAUCAGCAUCGAUUGCAGUGCGAGAUCAACGAGAUGAUCACCAACUAUCGCCUCUUGCGCUCCGUCCUCCACACGCUGCGUGGCCAGAUGUGUGCCGGGCAUCGCGAGUGCCGUCAUCUGGAUGCCACAAUGAAGAACUUGCAACAGUGGAGCGAACAAGUCGCUGGCGAGUUGCCCAUUUGCAAGCAUCGCUAUCAAACGAUCCUCAAGACGAAAGUCAGCAAAACCGAGGCGGAUCGCGUCAUCAAAGCGAACACGGCAAAGGCCCACAGACGUGCUCGGAAUUUCCUCUCGGUGCGCCGCAUGCAGUUCGAUCUGCAGGAAUUCCAUGCAGAGAUCGACGAGCUGCUCGAAUACGCAAGUGAUCUGCGCAAGGAGAUGCAACGUCGCUUCGGCAAUGUCGAGACUCAGACAGAGACUCAGACUCAUCGAGACGACGAUCGAGAGCAAGUGAUCGAAGCUGGAGGAGAUCAUCUCCAUCAUCUCUGAGCACACACACACACACACAAAUCACCAUCGUUGUUCAAUAAAAUUGCACUUAUCGCGCCUCUGUGAUUAUUGUGAUUGCACAUUCGAUCGCAAUCGAUCGAUCCU